GCCUUUCGCGCCGGCUGGCGGGGCGAUGUCUGGCCCGGGCGCGGAGGCGGCGGCGGCGGCGGGGCUGGCGAAGGCGGGGGCCGGAGCGCCUCGCCCCCGGAGGAAGCUCCUCACAGCGGAAGAGGCAGAACUGUUCGAGCUGGCGCAGGCGGCGGGGAGCGGCCUCGACCCGGAAGUGUUCAAGUGAGCGGGGGGGGGGCGUAACGUGACGCGCCUUUGUAAUCCGCCCCGCGACCCUCGCGCGAAAGGCGGCACACAAAAGCCGGAGGGGGAAUCAAAGGCUCCGCAUUGCUAAGCCAGACUAUGGUUACUGUAAUUGCCACUUGUUCUUUACUCCCUGCCUUUUGCCCUGAUGGGACUCCAGGCAGAUUGCAGAUAAAUAAGGACAGGUGAAAAGCUGGAGGGGUGUGUGUAAACCCAUUAUUAAAUAAAACAAGUAUUCAUAGAAUAACACCCACCCACAUGUCAGGAGCUCGUCCUACACUUGAGUAGGACCCUGGCAGAGACACAUGCCUGACUGGCAUGUUCUCUCCCUCCUGGUCUUUUGUUCAGGAGCUUCAAAAGCUUUCUUCUGCCCGAACAUCACAGCAACUGAUGCCAACAGACAGGCACACUUAGGGAUCCACAGAGUGUUCACAGUUUGCAUAACAGACCUCAGCAACACAGAAUUUUGGCUAAUCUACUUUAUUUACAUAUAAACACACACAGAGCACUCCAGCAUGGCUCCCUCUCUCUCUAGCAUCAGACAGCAAAGAAAAAGAACAAAGGUCAAUAGUCCCACUUCACGGAACACAGGAACACAAACAUCCUGUCUCCAUCACUUCCCACUCUGUGGAGUCAAAACAUACACCGUCAUGUGAAGGACAACAAUCCCAUGACAGCAAUCAUGGAGCAGGAAUUCUAACACCACCCACAGAAGAUCUCUUGAAACCACACAGACAGUCAUAGCAAGGACAGAACAGCACCAGCUUCACUAAAAGCAACCAGUUCCCUGUGGGAGCAAGGAAGCCUUCGCCUGCCAGCUGUUCAGAGGCCCCUGUCCCUUGAUGGUGACUCCCUCCAAUGCCACAUUGCAGAGGAAGUGAAAUAGUGCCACUUGGCACUCCUCUUAAGUGCUCCCACAACCACAGGGGUCAGAGGCACUACAUGUGACAUGUUUGAAUUCCACCUGCCCCCCAACUGUAUUAUGUAGCAGGAAAGAGUAUCUUAUGGGGCCAGGGAGCCCAGAGUAGUCUAUAAGUGGCAUCUGCUCUAAGCUACCACUCUUAAAGGAAUCUGUCAGCAUUAGCUGGCAGCAGAGAGGUACUCCUGCCUGUGUUACUCAGAGCUCCCAGGACCUUCGUUUUUUACCUCUUAUGCUCAAAGUUUUUCUGUAAACCACUCCCUCUGUCAGUCUCAGUUGCAGUAUGAAUGAUAAUUCCUGGCAGGGCUGUGGAACUGGAUUCAGGCAGCCAUAGGAUCAUAGAAUUGUAGAGUUGGAAGGGACACUCAGGAUCAUCUAGCAAAGCAGGAAUACGCAUUUGUCCCGUAUGGGGAUCAAACAUUGGUGUUAUCGGCACCAUGCUCUAACCAACUGAGCUAUCUCCCCCUGCCCCAUGUAAACCUCUCUCUGGCUUUUAGAAGGCAUUUGAAGGCAGCCCUGUACAGGGAACUUUUGAAUGUUUGAGUUUUUUUGUGUUUUAAUAUUUUGCUGGAAGCCACCCAGAGUGGCUGGGCCAACCCAGAUGGGCAGCAUAUAACAACAACAAUAAAAAUAAAAAUGGGUAGGGCUGCCCACCUGACAGCCAAUGGACAUAAUGGAGUCGGGUGAUGCGUUUUUGCCCAUGCAUGCAAAGGCAUAGCCAACAAAAUUCAGACAACCAGCUGAUUGUCAAGCUUAGUGCUCAGUACUUUCCAAGACCCAACAAUCAGCUGAUUGUGUGGGGUUUCAAAGCUACAGCAUUACCUGCCUCACACCUGGCAUCAUAUAUGACAUCUGGUGUAGGGCGGGUGGACAUGGCUUAACAGGUCAUCUUAGGCCCACAGACCAGAAAGCUCACGCACAUUGUGGGGAUAAAUGGUAUGUUGUAAGCCACAUUGUCUCCAGUUCAGUCCACAAUAUGGGGAUAAUACCUAUGCACUGAAUUUGAAUUUGCAGGACAUUCUUUUGUAACUGUUUCAAGACUAAUUGACUGUAGGGUAGCUCAGUCGGUAGAGCAUGUGACUCUUAAUCUUAGGGUUGUGGGUUGGAGCUGCACGUUGGACGACAAAAUACUCCUGCAUUGCGGGGGGUUGUACUAGAUGACCCUCGUGAUCCUUUCCAACUCUACAAUUCUAUGAUUCUAUGACACUUUCACAUAAAACAGGGCCUAAGUUAAAGAGAAUGUGAACUGCAGUCUGCGUUUUUUGGGGAAAAACCAAAAAACAGCAACCCAGCAACAAGAAACAAAUCAGGAAAUCUAAUUUCCAGACAAUGAAUUGUUAGUAUAGUACUUUUAAUGUCUACCUAUGUUCCCUUCUAGGAUUCUGCUGGACCUUUUGCGCAUGAAUGUGGCACCUUUGGCUGUUUUCCAGAUGCUGCGCUCCAUGUGUGCUGGGCAGAGGCUUGUCAGUGCUGAGGCUGCUCCUGAGCCAGCGCGAGGUUAGUGGUGCCCCAUCCCUUAAGGAAAGAGGUGCUUGUUAAAGGCUGCUGCUCAUCAGGGCUUAAUUUGUGCCAGGGAAACUAGUAGCAACGAUAAGAGUAUCUUUAAGCAUCUGAGUACCUCUCCUACAUUUUGAUUAUUUUCCACAGUCAGUUCUCAAUUUGAAGAAGAUGUUAAGCUGCUAGGAUGGGCCUACAGUAUCAUUUUCUUUCCAUAUGUUAAUAGCUUUCAAGUUGCAAACUGAGAAUUGUAUAAAUCAUGCAAAUUUGACUGAAGUUAUACAUCUUUGAAAGUAUAAAGCCAUUUUAAAAACUACUCUCUUUGCUAUGCAGUUGAAAUUAGAAUUUGUGAAAUGUCCAUUUUCUGACCUCUGAUAUUUUCUAUAUCACUCAAGCCUGAUCCUCUUUUGCACACAAUCCAUUAAAACCAAAGAUUUAAAAAAAUAAGUGCCACUCUCUGCAUGAAUUUAUUUUACUGAUUUUUAACAUCCACUUUCUAAGCUGUAGAUAACAUCCUGUGUAAUAGGUAUUGUGUUCCUGGGCCUAUAGGAAACCCACUUGUUAUGAGUCAGCCAUUUGUUUAGCUUAGUGUUGUCAACACUGACCGGCAGCUGUUCUCCUGGGUUUCACGUGUGUCUUUUCCCCUGGAGAUGUCAGGGAAAGCUCUGCCGCUGAGCUAUUGCUGAGUCAGCAAGUUUUCAAUAAAAUGCAACUGUACAUUCUUGUGUUGCGUUCAGUCUAAUCCUAACUAGGCUUCUUGGGAAGUAAAUUCUUUUGAUUUUCAAUUAGACUUGUCAAAGUGCAUUGAGCAUUGCAGUCCCAAUAUGAUAUACAUUCCAGAUCACCCUUUAUGUCUGUUUCUCAGGCAGCAUUUGAAAGAUCAGUAAAUAUUUACAUUAUUAGAGCAGAUACAAUUUUGUUCACCUUGUUUACUGUUCUUCUACAGUUCAGGAAUGAACAUUUUGCCUGUCAUAGUUCAGAAUUAUUGCUUCUAAUUAGCAUAUCUAUGUUGACCAGAAGCAGUAGUUCUUUGGUGGCCUUAUUUUAUGUCAUAGCACCGUCUGUUCUUAGCCAAGGCCCCUUCACAGCAAUUCUGACCAUGUUUGUGCUUAGCACUGGAUAUAAUCUGGUUUCCGGGUUACAGUCUCAUUCAAGAGAAGGGCAAAAACAAGGCUUUAUAAAGCGGGAGGCAGAGGACCAGGGAGAUGAGGCUUAAGUACUAGAAGGCAGCACAGAAAAGGGGAGUUUGCGGUAGAAACUGUGAAGACUAUGGGGAAGCUGUUCAGCCACUAGGAAGGCAUGGCAGUUGAGAUGAAGGCACACGUGUGAGAAGGAAAGAAAGUGGGUCAACAGGAGACAAGCUUGCAGGAGGUGGGGAGCUGAGCACAACAGGCUGCCCCCUGGUUUCUUUCAGGGCCCUUCUCGGUUUUAUGUUGGUGAGCAUUCAUUCAUGCAUUCACAUACCUAAUGAUCUGUUAAUUCUUCUGGUCCGUACUGGAGUCUGCAGCACUAGACCACUUAACUGGAUGGCUUCCUACCGAUCAAAGGCCGAGGUCCCACAUACAACCCCCUGGAUUUAUUCUGUGUUUGGGCUUGCUUGUUAAUUUCUCCCAUCUCUGAUAUUGUAUCUACCACCCUGAGCUGUGCUAAAAGUUGCCCAGCUCUUGCCUUCCUGUUCACCUACUCCCCACUUUCAUUGCAGCACUCUUGUCAUGUCAGUACUAUAGAUCUUGCUUUUUAAGGCUGAGAGGGGGCAUUGAAAGAAGCAAAGAGCCCUCAUUCUCUCCCCCCCCCCAUCUUUCUGAUUGAGGAGAAGAGUGCUGCUGUGUGGAGAGGAGCAACUGCUACAGCCUGACAUUUGUGGCUCCUCUGAAUUAAGCAUCAAAUUACAUGGUGCACACAAAAUAGUCCUCUUUUUUGUUUUGUUUUUGGAAAAGCAGCUUUUGGAAGGCAAAGCUUGGAACAGAGAAGUGGCUGCUGACUUCACUUUCUUUCCAACAACACCAGAACUGGCUUAUGAAUAUAAACAACAAUUUUACUAGAAUAAAUAUAUAACCUCAUAAACCAACUAGACAAUGAGCAAACUAAAGUGCAGUGUGCAUAACCAAGCCUGGAGCUACUCAUAAACAUAGAAUGUACCAGUGUCUCUCUCAUUGCUGUACUGGUUAUGUAUGCAAUAAGUAUGUCAACAUAGCUGGAACAAAUAGUCGUUGGAAGCACAAAGCCAUAAACGUAGGAGCGGUUGCUAAAAAGCAUUCUUCAAGUAGUCGUUAGCUGGAAGCGCAAAUGAUCAAUUGAAGCCAAAUGGAUGAGCCCUGUUCUCCGGAUAUUAUCCAGGUUUUGCAGCAAACUUCAUCAGUCCAUAACGCUAAAUAAUAUGGAAUAAUACAGAAUGGCAUUCCAGUUACAGUAAAUGAACGACCACAAAAUACACGCAAUACCCAUCUCAUGCUGUAUCUUACUUAAUCGCUCAACACGUUUCACUCAAGAAAGAAGGUACUCACAGGCACAGCAAAUGUAGAAACUGGUGAUACCAAACAUUUAAAUACAUUACAGGUGCUUGGAAUCAGUAAUCACAUUCAUACAUGGUUAAAGGUAUAGUAACACUUCCCUGUUAUUGCUAAACAAACAAAGACACAAAAAUAGAUUUAUAUAUAACAACCAGAGUUAGAUUCAGUAUUCAAAACUUUUGGAAACGAGGUUCCUAGUUGAAAUAUUAAUUUGUACUCUUUUUGUAUCAAGGCUCUUCAUAUAUCAACAGAUCUAAAAGGUAGUUUUUUUAAAGUCCACAGGAUGAAAAAACUCAGGUCAUUUUCAGUAUGGGCCUCUUGCUGGAAAUGCUGGACUAACGUGUAGGCAAGCAUUGCAUAUUUUGGACCUUUGCUCAUAAAUUCCAGUCCUGAUUGCACAGGACCUACAUAUAAAAGCCCGCAAGCACAACAGAUACAGUACACACAAUUUUUUGUAGAACAAUUUGUAAACUGUUGCAAGACAAUCUUUCGCCCAUUUAUUGUGUUGGUAAAUGAUUUCACGGGCAAAGCAAAUCUGCAACAUGUGCAAUGACUGCAUCUAUAAUGCCCUUUCAGCGUAGUGUGUGGGUCGUCAUUAUGGUAUUCAAGUAGAUCAGUGUGGGAAAGAAUGUCCCUAAGCGAUCUAGUACGCCUUUUGCCUAAAAUGGGCACAUUUUCACAGCCUGGAAUAUGGGAAAUGAUGUGCCAAUGUCUCGUAAUCACUCUUUCAAUAGAAGAUAAAUAGUUGUACUCUAUAGAACCAAAAAUCCUGUCCUGAUUGUUUUUGGGUUUCGGUACCAACAAUUCCUGCCUAGAAGUUCUUUUAGCCCUUUCAAAGGCCGUUUGAAUUAUUUCCUCCAGAUAGCCUCUAUCUCUUAAUGAAGAGGAAAGGGAUGCAGCAUUUUUAAAAAAAUCAGUAUCAAGGGAAGAGCUUCUUUUAAGUCUAAUAAAUUGGCUGAACGGGAGACUUUUUUUUAAUUGGACUGGAUGGUUAGAAUGAUAAUGAAGUAAAUAAUUCCUAUCAGUAGGUUUGCAAAAUGGGUGUAAAUUAAUGACAUGUUCAUUACGUUCAGUAACAAAAAAUAAUUCAACUUCUAGAAAGGAAAUGCUAACCUCGCUCUUUUUACCAGUAAAUCUUAAAGCUGUAUCACAUUGAUUUAACCAAAUGUCAAAUUCCUGGUCCAAAACAAAAAUAAAAUCAUCAAUGUAACGAUCAUCAGUGUAACGAUAAUAAGCCAAUAAAUGCUUCCUAAAUGGAUUCGAAUCACUCAAAAUAUAUUCUAAAUCAAAAUAACGCAUAUAGACACAGGCGAGGGAUGGUGCACAGCGGGCGCCCAUUGCCACGCCCCUGCAUUGAAAAUAAAACUGUUCUUUAAAGCGGAAGAAAUUAUUUUCAAGAAUAAGGUCCAACAGAUUGAAUAACACAUGUACCAGCGGAUCAUUUUGAUUAUUGUUUUAUUGUCAUGCAGUAUUUGUUCAACCAGGGAACGUAAUCUAUCCAAUGAAACAUUAGUAUACAAAGCUUCAACAUCCCAAGUAGCUAAUAUAGCACCCUGGGGAACAGCGAGACCUUCUAUGACAGAAAUCAAAUGUUGAGUAUCCUUAAUGUAGGAUGGGGUUCUUAUUGCCAAAGGAUUAAGGAUUGAAUCCACAAAUUGUCCUGCAGGCUCAAGGAGGGACCCAGACCCAGAGAUAAUGGGGUGGCCGGGAGGGGGGGAAAUACCUUUAUGAAUUUUGGGGAGGGUGUUAAAAAUUGGAACACGACUAUGUUUUGGUACUAAGAAUUCAGCUAACUAGUCAGAUAUUAAACCAAGGGCAGACGCCUCUUGGACUACCAAUAAAAGCUUACGUCUGACCUCAUUAGUUGGAUCAUAAUUCACGGGUUGAUAAUAAUUGUGAUUACUCAACUGUUGAAAGGUCUCCUAUUCGUACACUUGUUUAUCUAAAACUACAACGGCCCCUCCCUUAUCCGCUUGUUUAAUAACGAGAUGUUUUUUCUCAGAAAUCUCUUUAAGAAUAUUGUUUUCUUCCCUAGACAAAUUGAAGGAUUUAUACUGUUUCUUCCACUCAAUUUUCUCUAUAUCUCUUAACACUAAGGACUGAUAUGUUUGGAUAUAAUGAUUGUGUGUUACAGGAUUGAACCGGGACUUAAUUCUCAAUGGAGUAGGCUGGUAUAUCUCGCCUGCAAAAAAGUCUCUAAGCUUUUAUGAACUUCUACGCGAGUUUGAAAGGCGGAAUAGCCAGGUGUGGGCACAAAACCCAAUCCUUUCUCAAGUAUAUUUCCACUCUAAUUUACUCGUCAGAAGACAAAUUAACAACUAAUGAUUCUGUUGGAAUCCUUUCCUCCUGGACGGGCGUUUCCCCGGCUCCUGCGAAAACCCGGAUAACGCCUGCUGGACCUAAGCUGCAAUUCCCUAUCUCUCUCCGUCUUGCUGUCACUGUGGCUGGAAGCACUGAUAGAAUCAUAAUCACUAGGGAAAUCACGUGGUCUAGUGCUGUCGUGUCUUCUGGGUUGUAUUUUACCCUUUUUAUCGUAGUUAAUCCACCAGUAUAUGUUGUUAUGGGCAUAAUCAUUUUUAUCCCUAUUAAAUUUCAGCAUUUUCAAUUUCUUAAUCUCAUCAGUGUAAGUGUUUAACUCCUUCUUUGUGAUCUGCACCAACUUGUCCAUUUUCUGUGAUUUUAAUUGAGUUUUUAAAUUUGCUAAUACCAUACAAAUUUCCUUAUCAACAAUCUCUAUCAUGUGUACAUUGUUCCAAGCACCUGUAAUGUAUUUAAAUGUUUGGUAUCACCAGUUUCUACAUUUGCUGUGCCUGUGAGUACCGUAUGUUCUGGUGUAUAAGACAACUUUUGAACCCCGGAAAAUCUUCUCCAAAGUCGGGGGUCGUCUUAUACGCCGGAUAUGGUGGUGACAGGUGGUGGCAGCAGCAGCUAGCUUGGAAUGGCGACGGGCAGAAGGAUGGUAAGAGCUGCCCCCCCCCUCCAUCCCUGGCUGCCUCCUGAAGCAGCAGCAACCGCAGCAGCCUCCCCUUCCCACAGCAAGGUGGUGCGCGGCUUCAGCCGGGGCUCCAAGGAGCUGGGGAUCCCCACAACUGCCAGAACUACCAGCCGGUGAGCGCAGCCCGUCGCUUUGCUGGAUAGCCGAUCGGGGCUCACUCGCUUCACCUCGGGCUGCUGCUGCUGCGACGGCAGAGGGAGCGGAGGGGUGCACGCUCUGCCCCGGCGGCGCUUGGCGGGCUUUAGGUUUGGGGGGGCUGCCUCUAGUUUGCUGCAGGCGGGGGUAGUCUUAUACGGUGAGUAUAUCCCAAACUCUAUAUUUUAACAGGAUUCCAAGCUCCUGUAAUGUAUUUAAAUGUUUGGUACCACCAGUUUCUACAUUCUAUAGUUUCUACAUUUGCUGUGCCUGUGAGUACCUUUUGUCUUGAAUGAACCGUGUUGAGUGAUUAAAAUACAACAUGAAAUGGGUACAGUGGUAUCUCGGGUUACGUACUUAAUUUGUUCUGGAGGUCCGUUCUUAACCGGAAACUGUUCUUAACCUGAAGCACCACUUUAGCUAAUGGGGCCUCCCGCUGCUGCCGCACCAUCGGAGCACAAUUUCUGUUCUCAACCUGAAGCAACCUGAACCCGAGAUAAUAUUUCUGGGUUAGCGGAGUCUGUAACCUGAAGUGUAUGUAACCUGAAGCGUGCAUAACCCGGGGUACCACUGUAUUGCAUGUAUUUUGUGGGCAUUCGUUUAUUGUAACUGGAAUGCCAUUCUGUAUUCUAUAUUAUUUAGCAUUAUGGACUGAUGAAGCUUGCUGCAAAACCUGGAUAAUAUCCGGAGAACAGGUCUCAUCUAUUUGGCUUCAGAUGAUCAUUUGACUUUGCGCUUCCAGCUAACGACUACUUGAAGAACGCUUUUUAGUAACCGCUCCUACGUUUCAUUUUUAAUUAACUUCCACACAGUUUCAUUGUAUGGCUCUGGUUCUAAUAUUAAAAGAAAAUUCUUUCUAUCCAUUUUCUCCACAACAUGCAUAAUUUUUAUAAACUUUUAUCAUGCUUUCCCACCCCAAUAAUUUCCUUUCUUUUCUAAACCAAAAAGUUCCAAGUACAUUAGUUUUCCCCAUGGGAAUCGUGUUCCGACUCCGUUGGCCAUGGUGGUGGUCCUCUUCUGCAUCUUUCCCAGCAUCACGGUAUCCUUUUGAGAUGGGUCAACCAGGAAUGUAUUCUCAGCUAUGACCACACAAUUGAUUAUGGAAGGCAUUACAGACUCAAACUGGUACCCAGAUGAAACAGUCUAGCAAGCUGAAGGCUUCAUAUUACAUAUUACAUACAGGAAGGCAGAGGCCCAAAUUGACACCCAUGUUUUCACCAGACAAGCAUUUUGGGCUGCUUUCAAGGAAGGGCGGUGGACAUAUUAAAUAAAUAAAUGAAUAACCCCAAGCCUGGAAUUUGUCUUUUUCACAGCAGUUGCGUCAACAUCUUCUUUGAGAGGUACAGCAUGGCCUCCCAAUUUCUUUCCUGGUUAAUCACUACCAGUUCAGGCCUCAUCAGUGUACAGAAGUUGAAAUUAUUUUCCCCCACUUACUCCUAUUGAACUGCUGUACGCCUGACUCAAAUUACUUAAAUACUUUCAGUCAAUCGUUUACUGUAUUUGGCUAAAAGCCAUUACAAAUCCAGUUACAAAACCAGCAAAUCCAAUAAAACCUAUUAAAAAGCUUCAGAAAUAAGCAAUAAUUUACAAUAAAUCAAAUACAGAUUAGCUGGGAAGAUGGUGGCACAGCGGGGAUCUAUAUAAAGAGGCAUGGCGUUGCUCCUGCAAAAAGGUUUUAUCUGCUAUUUUUAAAAGUUUUUUAAAAACACUCUUAACUUUUUAAGCUUCUCAACUUGCAAUUUGGAUGCCUUUCUGGGUUUCGGGACCCUGUUUUAAUUGUUUGAACUGUUUAUUUUAUCUUCUUACCGUCCCCUGGUCUGGAGGAAAUUUCUUUCUAAGGAGCCUUUUCAUUAUUACCUCCCCUUACCUGCUUGCUCACAGAUUAGCUUUCUGCUUCAUUGAGUUAUUUGCUUGGCAUCAUUAAAUACUAUCAUAAAUUAUCUAUAUGAUUGUAUUAUGACUGUAUUAUAUGCUACCAGUCACUCCAGAUCCUUGCGGACUCUGCAGCUUAUAUCCUGCAUCUAUCCUCUUUCCUGUUCUUUGUCCAGUUACUGAUUCAUAUGAGGAAAACUUUUGCCACUAUGGUGGGGGAUAUUUGUGAGUUCAAAGUACCGUAUUUUUCGCCCAAUAGGACGCACUUUUCCCCCUCCAAAAAUGAAGGGGAAAUGUGUGUGCGUCCUAUGGGGCAAAUGCAGGCUUUCGCUGAAGCCUGGAGAGCGAGAGGGGUCCGUGCGCACUGACCCCUCUCGCUUUCCAGGCUUCGCGCAGCUCUCCGCAAGGUGCGGGAGCCCGGCGCCGGGCUCCCACGGCUUGCGGAGAGUUGCCUGCUCUGGGGGCUGGGGUCAGGGGAAGCUCGGGCUUCCCCCAUCCCAGCCCUGCGCCUGGGGGGAAAAUAAUUUCCCCCCUUUAUUUCCCCCCCAAAAAACUAGGUGUGCCUUAUGGGACGGUGCGUCCUAUAGGGCGAAAAAUACGGUAUAUAAUAUCUUCCUCUAUUAACAUGCUUGUUAACACUCAGAGGAUUGCUGAUGCAGUACUUGCCUUUGCAGAAGUCAUGCUAACUCUUCUUGAACAAAGCUUGUGCUUCUUUCUUUAGUAAUGUCUCCACGAAUAUAGGUGGAUCAAGCAUUAGAUGAAAUAGCUCAUAAUUUGCUGCCUCAAUCUCCCAGAUGUUUUAUUGCUCACUUCCCAAUCCUUUGGGAGCAAGGCCUCUUUUUCACAUUGGGUAUUUUUGACAUGAAAUCACUAGUUUCAGAUUUUAGUUCCUAUGUUUAUGGUAUCUGGUCCCACGUUGUUCCACACUUUUUCAGCAAUGUUGGAUAGGAAUAUAUGACCUGCUAUUUUAUGUGAUCAUAAAAGACCUUCAGUAUUUUUUUCUGGUAACGUUGUGACAAUACAUGUUGAUGAAUCGUUAGCCUUGGCUUAGCGGAGGUAUACAGCCUGAGCAAUAUUAAAAGGUUCCUGAACAGCCCUGAAAGAUACCAAAGGCAGGGAAUUCAGGGAGCCAUUCAGGCGGUGAAUGGUUUUACACAGAGGUAGAACUGGUGUGAAGCAUCAGGCGUUAACAUCUGUCAGCCACUCUUGCUCAGGGGAAGGACAGCCAAUUGGGCACCUUCCAGAUGAUGUGGACUACAACUCCCAUCAGCCCCAGCCAGCAUGAUCAGGGGUGAUGGGAGCGACUCCAUAACAACUGGAGUAUUUCACACUGGCUUCCUUGCGAGCAGCAUAAAACAAGUUGAAGCAAGUUGUUGAAUAAUAAUGACAUCAUGAUUAUUAUAUUAUAAUUCUUUAAAGAGAUCUUAUGUGUCAGUUUUACCACACUACAUUGAGUUAGAACAAAGGCAGUAUAAGUUCAUUCUCCAGAAACACAAAAUCCUAACCACACGUAAGUGAGUUGUCUUGUGCAGUGGUUGGGAUGAACAUGUUUAGGUGAUUUAGGACUGUUGAGAGAAGGAAAUGAUUUUGAGACUGAGGAAAGUCUGGGAGAAACACGAAUGCCUCUUGUGUGGAAUCUCUUCUCACCCUGUUGCACAAAGGAAUCCCCCCAAGCUGUGCCUGCCCCUCAUUCUGCAUUGUGCACUAGUGGGGUCACGGCCACAAUGAAGGUUGCUACAACAGAACCAGGUUCCUUCUUACCUUGCCCUGUGAGCCUUGUUUUCUCUUCUCUCCAUGCAUGUGCCUCUUUGUAAGUAGAAUGGAGCAAAAUUGAUCCAAUGCAUUGCUUAUGCUUCUGUCAUUUAGUAUCUUAUCAGGAACAUUUCACAGAAAUCCAUAUGCAUAUUUACAAAAUCAUGAUCCUUUGGUGUAUCACAUAAUGGCUUAGAAUUGCAAGAAGACAACUGAAGAGAUUGAAAUAGAGGUGAUAUAGCCCCUGUUUCCUCCUAAAUCCUUCAACCUGGCUAAAAGAUCAUAAUACAAGUAUCUAUGCAGAAUUAUUCCACUAAUUGUGAAUUGUAUAGGGGGAGUAAAAAUAGCCAUGAUUACAUAACCCUGUGUAACAAAGCAUUCAGGUCAUACAUCUUUGAACAUUUGUUGGGAUAUUUGAGCAUUUGCAAGUUUGUUUCUGUGUCUAUCGCCAUGUGGUGUUUCUAAUUUGUUUCUGUGUCUCUCUUUGAAUUAGAGCCCCCAUUUGUCUCUGCCAAGACCAGUAAAAUCCCUGCACCACUUUCACUUUCCUCUGCCCUUCGACCUCCGAGAAUAAGAGUUACUAAGGCUGUGGUCUACAGUCCUGCUGCAGCUUGCUCGCCUCUCUCUCAAGGUCCCCCUGGCUCUUUCCAGUUUUCUUGCUGCCUGUUCUCUCCUUUUGCAGGUUGUGUGUGUUCGUUACCUACUGGGUUUUAAUUCAGCCUUCUGUGACCAAAAGAGAAUCCCCUUCAAAAAGUUAUUCUCUUGUUUCCAGAUCCUAAACACAUUUACUUGAUAGUAAGUACUAUUGAUUUCAGCAGAACUUGUUUCCAAGUAAAUGUGGUUAGUACUUUAACUUAUACAAAAUUAACACUGUGUAGUGUUCAUUGCAGUUUUAACGAGAUGGCAUUUGGGGGGAGGAAACAUAGGAAGCUUUUAAUACUACUACCACUUUAUUAAGAGAAUGUGGAAGACGGUAUAUUUUCUUUUGGGCGUAUCCUAAAUGCACCUUCUUGGCAGGAGAGAUGACUCAAAUUUCUGGUGAUUUCUGAGGGGGCUGCAUGUCAAGACCAAAAAGGCAGACUGGGUUGCGUCCACAGAGGAAUGCCUUCCCAUGACAUGCAUAGAUUUAGCUAUUUUGGAUUGUGCCACCCAUGUGCCUUUUGCUACUUGGGAUCACGAUAGCCUGGUUCAGACACACCUGAACAUUGCAAUGCGUGCAGAGGCCCCUUUGUCAAAUGCAUUAGCCUGUCAUGUGCUGCCAUGUGCUCUGGAAAGCUCUGGCUGAGUUACUUUUCUGAGAUGCUCUGACUGAGCUUGGAGUGCUUGUACAGUUUCCUUUUCUGUUCAUACUGCAUAACCUGUUCAUCCUAAGAUACAGCGUUGGAAUCUUCAGCUUUCGGAAUUCAGACUUCUGGGCUAAAAUGUUCUGUCCAUUCUUUUUGAUACCUGAAUUCAGUGUUCUUGAAAACGUUGGGCAAAUCCUUCAAGAGCAGUUUUGUAUGCGUGUGGCAAUAUAAAGUUGAGUGGUGUGUGUGUGUGUGUGUGUGUGUGUGUGUGUCCCCUUCAGAAUGCCAUUGCAUAUACACAGGAGAGAGACUCCUUCCUCUGCUUUGUCCCUUCCUUGCUCCCCAGCAGUUUUAUCUGCAGCUGGCACUGGCUGCUGUUUGCCCUUCAGUGCUCUGUGUGCACCAGGAAGCAUGAGGUCUCAGGCUGGAAUUGCAGAAGGAAGCUGCAGACACUUAGGAGCAGUAAUGCCCUCUGGGGAAGUCGAGGGAUCCACCCUGCAGCUGAAUUGGUAAAGGCCAUUGGUAAGCCACCUGCCCCAUCAGGAUUAAUCAUGUUUGAGGUAGAAAGGGUUUACCUCUCUGUACACAUGAAAAGCCUCCUCCUACAGCUUCCACUUCACCCUCUGGGGAAAAGUAUCUGGCAAUUCUAUGUGUGUGCAGGAGAGCCUAGUGAGAAACUGGAUUCCCUGAAAGGCUGACUGAUUCCUAUGGUUGAGGGUCAUGUAGAGAGACUGGAUUCUGGAGGAGGAGGAAGGCUUGGAGAGGAAUAGAAACAGAUUUCCAUAUAGACAGUAACAUCGGAGGAGGAUUGAUUCCUGCUUUAAGAUUUUGAUUGGAGUUCUUGGUAUAUAACAUAAAGGAUGGACUUUAACAAAUUUCUCAAAUAGCACAAGGGUUUGGAUAGAUACAUUCAGAAUAGAAAUUCCAAGUCUACAUAAUGAUGGACUCUUAUGAAAGGGGAAAAUACAGUGGUACCUCUGGUUACGAGCUUAAUUUGUUCUGGAGGUCCGUUCUUAACCUGAGGUACCACUUUAGCUAAUGGGGCCUCCCGCUGCCACCGCUCCACCACCGUGUGAUUUCUGUUCACAUCCUGAGGUAAAGUUCUUAACCUGAGGUACUACUUCCGGGUUGGUGGAGUCUGUAACCCGAAGUGUUUGUAACCCGAGGUACCACCAUACUGGGCAAAAAAAUUCUUGCAUUGCAGGGGGUUGGACUAGAUGACCCUCGUGGUCACAUUCAGCUCCACAGUUCUGUGAUUCUGUGAAGUGACAAAGAAAUGUAUAGCUUUCCUUGGGAGAUGGCGCCAGAGAUGAUCAACUUCUACCCCCACCCCUUUCCUCCAGCCCUGGAAACCAGAGUCCCAGGGAAUCCUAAGGCUCGGGAUUUGCUUUUACCUUGUUCUCUCCACUUCGUGGUGAUGGUGACACAAUGUGCUAUUAUAUGCAUUGUUAUAUUAGUGUUACAUUAUAUUAUAUUAGUGUAGCAGUAACUUCUGUGGAUGCUGUUUGGAAAUACAGCAAGCCAGCAACUUACAUGCAUGAUUUAACUUGUGCACAUUCAGUUUUAUGUGCUUGGCAAAAAAUAAAAAUAAAAUUAAAAAAUGGGGGCAGGAAGGGGGCUGGCAUCUGGGGAAAAAAGUCUUUGGCACUCCCACCUGCCAUUGCAUCCAGUCUGCUUUGGCUAUAUGUGAUUUUGGCAUUAUCCCCUGCAACUUACCCCCGCGUAAGUUGCAGGCUUACAGUAUUACUUUUUUAGAUAGGCCUGAAUAUGCCUUCAUUCAGUAUUAUAGUGCCAAGAGCAUAGAAUACCAUCUUUUAAUAGUUGCUAGAUCUUAAUUUGGGAAUCUGAAAUAUACCCUUCUGAAGCAUUGUGAUAAAUUAUUAUGUACUAGAAGAACUAUGUUUUCACCCUGAAAUGCCACAUAGUUGCUCACUUUGAUGCAAAUGGUAAGGAAAAAAAAUACCUUGUCAUAAAAUUGGACCCAGUGAGGAGAAGCUGGGACAUCUAGACAAAAGGUGUCCUUGAAUCUCAGCCCCACCAAUCAGUUGGGAGGGAUGCGAGUUGCUGAAUUGUUUGAGGAAGUGCAAGCUUUUCUGCUUUUAACGGAAAUUCAAUGUGUGUUGUGCAGUUGUUGCUUUCAAUAGUCCUGCUAUUUUGGAGGAGGCCCAGGAUUCCUAAAUGCAGAGCAGUUCUCUCUUACGCCAAGAAUCGAAGAUGAUGUCAGCAGGGAGAAUAUUUUUUUUUGUAUGGUGAGGAAAGAGGGAGGAAUACACAGAGAGAAGCUCUGCUGGCUUUAGGUCCCUUGCCAGUUGCAGGGAGUAUUGACGGUCAGAGGCAAUGGAUGGUGGACUUGGUUAUGCUACCUGGAUAGUUACUGUUUGUAAAAGUAAAGUUUAGGAUAAGAAUUCUGAAUAAGUGUUGAUGGAUGAAGCAAGCCUUUGCUGAUGCUGAGCUGAGCUCCUCUUUCAGUCUGGCUUAGUGUGCUGCUUUCCUUAAAUAUUUGGUCAGACUGUAGCUCACAACUACUAUGCAGAUGGUAUUUAACACUAGUAAGACAAAGUGAGAGAUCAGUGCUAGCAUUUUCAAACCUCUAGAGUAAACAUAUUUCACAUUCUGCAACCUUUCCACAAAUACUGGAACUCUAAUGGCAGAAAUAAUACUAUUGGCAGUAUUGUUGGUCAUGAUUUACCAAAAGAUCCUUUAGUAAUAAUAUUUGGUUACCUUAAAUGAGCAGCACCCAGUGAGAAUUUCAUAAUGACCACAGUUUGUAUGACCACUUGCCCAUAAUUGGGUGGGGAAACUGAUCCACCUUCUUAGGUACUAAAAACAUGUUAUCUGGCAUAUAGGACCAAAUUAAUAAAUAUAUGGGUCAGAGAAGGCUGACAUCACAAGUCCAUAAAGAAAUUGGCUUUUAAAAUUUCUUAUUCAAACAACAAAGUUCUUGAUGCCAUAAACCUGUAGGAUGAUAUCCGACACUGGUAAUACUCAGAAUAGUCCAUUGAUUUCAUUGGGUCUACUCUAUGACUGAUAUUGAAUAUUACCCACAUACUUUACUAGGUGAAGUAUAGUUUUGUUCAUGAUCCUCAGUAAGACAGAGUGAAAGACAAGAGACAAUUACUCAUAUUAUGUUAAAUAGUAAGAGUGAUAUCUAUGGACUGCUAUGUUAACUACUGAUCUGACAGCUUGUGUUUAUUUACAUGUGUUAACUUGCUUUUUAAUGUUUGACUUGCUAUUUAAAAUUAAAUAAUAAAAGCAAAAAAGAGCAAACUUAAGAGUAUAUCGUGUUAUAGAUAAACUUUAGGCAACUUUUAUGUAUUUGAGCAAUGCUAGCAAUUGAUAGUUGGUCACAAUACAGCUCUGCAGUUAGCAUCCCUUUGUUUUCCUGUAGGGAGAACAAGAAGCAGCUCUGCAGCAACUGGGAACCAAGCUCUGCUAGAUCCCAGCAACCGUGAAGGCUCUGUUCAGCGAGUCCCUCGGCAGCCAAGUGGCAGCAGGCUGCAGAAGGCUGGAUGUCCCGUGAAGAGUACAUAAAUGCUUGGAAGAUUGGUGGUUCCAGUAUUAUGGCGAAAUUGCAAUGUAGUGAAUGCACCUAGUCAAGAUGGAUUUGUAAUGUUCCAAAAUGUCACAUAUAGCUCCUAUCAAGAAAACAAGUAUGAUAUGAAGGUUGGUUUCAUCACGGUUGGGCUGGUUUUCAAAUUCCAAAUGUGGUUAUAGCUGAUGAUAUAGGAUAUACUGUUGCAACUCCCUGUUACAGGUGUGUGUCCUUCCUUCAUAAAGACAUUGUUAGUGCCUCUCUCUCUCAUUUAUUUGUUUUCCUUUUGGGGAAUUUAGCAAUUAAAGAAAAGCACACCAACUUUUUAUAGUAUGGAACUGAAUCCUCUUACUGUUUACUGAAUCCCACUAUGCUGCCAUUGUUGUUGCAUGCCAAAAUCUCUUCUAAGUAGUUAUAAAUGAUAAAGUCCAUAAAUAAUUAAAAU